GCCUCCCUCCACUCACUGACCGGAGGCCGGCUGGCGGCCAGCUGCGUGGGGUGCCGGCACCUGAGGGCCGGCCAGCGGGCGCCAUGUCCGACUACGAGAACGAGGACGAGUGCUGGAGCGCGCUGGAGGGCUUCCGGGUGAGGCUCAUCUCCGCCAUCGACCCUUCACGCAUCACCCCCUACCUGCGGCAGUGCAAGGUGCUGAACCCCGACGACGAGGAGCAGGUGCUCAGCGACCCCAACCUGGUCAUCCGCAAGCGCAAAGUGGGCGUGCUCCUGGACAUCCUGCAGCGCACUGGCCACAAGGGCUACGUGGCCUUCCUCGAGAGCCUGGAGCUCUACUACCCGCAGCUCUACAAGAAGGUCACUGGCAAGGAGCCCACCCGGGUCUUCUCCAUGAUCAUCGACGCCUCCGGGGAGUCGGGCCUGACGCAGCUGCUGAUGAGCGAGGUGACGAAGCUGCAGAAGAAGGUGCAGGACCUGACGGCCCUGCUGAGCGCCAAGGAGGACUCCGUCCAGGAGCUGCGCCUCAAGGACAGCCUGCUGCGGGGCCACCAGGAGCGCGCGCAGCGGCUCAAGGAGGAGGCGGAGGCCUGCGGGCGCGAGCUCAAGCGCUGCAGGGACGAGAACUACGACCUGGCCAUGCGCCUGGCCCGCCAGAGCGAGGAGAAGGGCGCCGCGCUCAUGAGCAACCGCGAGCUGCAGCUGGAGAUCGACCGGCUCAAGCACAGCCUCGUGAGGGCGGAGGACGACUGCAAGCUGGAGCGCAAGCACACGCUCAGGCUCAGGCGCGCCGUGGAGCAGCGGCCCAGCCAGGAGCUGCUGUGGCAGCUGCAGGAGGAGAAGGCCCUGCUGCAGGCCCGGGUGCAGGAGCUGGAGGCCUCCGCCCAGGUGGGGCCCGGCGGGCGGGGCCUCCGUCGGUCCGGCGCGCUGCCCCACGUGCCCCCUGUCGCCCAGGUCUGCGGCACAAGGUCCUCGAAGCGCAUUUCUAAGCUGUCCUACUACCAGGGCGUGGUCAUCGUGACCUGCCCGGGCUGCCAGAACCACCACGUCAUCGCUGACAACCUGGGCUGGUUCUCAGACCUGGCUGGGAAGAGGAAUAUUGAAGAAAUCCUGGCGGCCAGAGGGGAGGAGGUGUGCAGAGUGGCCAGCGACGGGGCCCUGGAGCUGGUGGUGGCGCCGGCGGGGACCCCCACCCCCACUGAUGUUCCGAAAGGGGGUGAGGACCAGGAUCCCACCCUCCCUGGCAAAACUAAGAGCAGCUGACCAGCCCUCUGCCUGGGAGUGGCCGUGACGAGCCCCCCGCCCCCGGACUUGGCCUGUUCGCUCAAUAAACCGACGCGGUGGACCUGA